CUCUGUUUUGUCUUAAUGGCACGUUAAAAUUUGUCUUUAGCGCUACCAGUUACAGGAUACUUUACAGCGGAUAAAGACAAACAUGAUCAUUAUCGCAGAAAUGCUUCAAUUUUAUUUUACUCAGACACUGUCCGUGUCCACAAUUAAUAUCCCAUUGCAAAAUUUUUGGAGCAUUUGUAGAAAGAAGCGCAGCCUUUCGUUGCGUAAAAACCAGCGCAUCUAUAUAUCGACCCAGUUACUGAUGCAACUCUAAUUGUUCUGCAUUAUACGUCACGUUUUCUACAGAUGUCAUUUAGCGUAGAUCUAAAUAUUGACAAACCAUGUUGACGUGGAGAAAAUAGCCAACUGUACAUCUUUAGGUAAAAAUGGUGCUUUAUUUUGUUGCGACUGCGGCGACUGAACAGACUCUUCUCCUCAAGUAUUUUUCUUUUAAUCGAUGUUGGCUAAUAAUAAAUUCGUUCAAGAUCAAAUCUUUCGGCCCUAUACUGACCAGUUCUAUUUACUGUGAAGCGUGUCUCCCUGUUCUCGAGGUGUUUUCUGCAUCGCUUAUCCGACAUUCAGCUGAAAGCAGAACGUCCUCUUUCUCCUCGGGAGAGGGAUGCUGGCUCCGAUACCAGCGUGUCUGGUAUAUUUUGGCGCCUUUCUGGGCCUGGCGAAGGGUAGCCCGCAUUGUCGCAGCUAUCAUACACAGUUGUUUAAAUGUUACGGCGCCAGCAUGCAGCGAUCAACCCGCCAUGGCUAUGUUGUCCGUUACGAAAGUAACUUACGGUUAUUGUAGUACCAACACGAAGGUUUUUAUAUUCGUAGUAGUCCUUUGAUCCUAGUGAAAUUUUAAUGGAAAAACAAAGACAAUCCUAAUUGGAAAGUAAUCGUGUGUGAGCACCAGUUUGUGGAUAUAACAUUAUCACAUCACAAUCAUUGGAUAUUUGUGUCAACCUUUGGAUACUAUGCUUAUUCCACCUGUCGUUCAAUUACGACCUAGCAAACCGUCAAAAAACAUAUUUUGAAAUAACGCGAAUUGUUGCUUUUGUGCUCAAAGUUCGUUUGUUCUCGCCUUGCUAUUUGGUUUACUUAGCGUUUCAUCGUGGAAAAAUUCUACACUUUUGCCGAGACAUGCAAAAGCCGUUGUAGAGUUUCGACCUCGAACUGAUAAUUGAGUUCGAUAAAAUCACUAGAUUGAGCGUCCGUCCUCCAUUAGCUACUCACAUGCUAAGCGACCCUCGGAUCUGCUGCUCAAUGUGAUCGGUUAAAUGCAGAGUUUCGAAAAGCAAGAUUAACGCUAAUCGUUCAACACAAAAUAUUUCGUAGUUCUGCAGUUCACCCCUUGCAAUACUCACUCGUGCAAGCUGAAACAGGAACAGAACGCUGCCAUAGAUUAGAAAGUUCACAAAAGCGGGUUGAAAAGACCUACUGUGUGGUUACUUCUGUAGCUCACCUCAUUGCCUUCAGCGAUUCGGUAUCCUCCGCAGUGGAACUAGAAGGAUUCUAGCUACUAUUGUAUUGUUAACGACCAAAACUGAACGCUGAAUCGAACCUGGGUUGUUGCGCACUUUCGUCCAUCUUUGCUUCUUUUCGCCGAAUAGGCUUCUGGAUAUGCUCAGUCGGUCUGUUCUUCAGUAUCUAAAUCGGCUAACGAUUGAAAGCACUGAAGGCCAAGGGACUCCUAGUUUUUCUCGGCUGCCUAACUGAUCAAAAAACCUUUUGAAUCUGCUCAGUUUGUUCGCCAGCAGGACUGAGGUUAGGUUGCGUUUAUGCAGCUCUUGGCUUGCCUGCCAGCAACAAACUAGAUUUUGUUGAAUGUCGUUUGUUGGGCGGUAUCAUUUGCCAACUUCUGAGACGUUGAAUAGGACAGCAUGACGCAUGGAAUGGAUUAUCUAAGGCAUAGUUUCACUCUACCUAACAACAGGAAGAAGGCUCGGUACCCGCCGAACCUUAGUAACGAAGUGUCAUCAAAGGCUAUACCGAUUGGUUCAGCCAAAAUGAAAGCUCAGGCACACAAGGUGAAGACGUUGAGACACGGCGAUUCGGACCUACUAAUCGGAGACCGUCUUGAGGAUAUCUACGCAACGAAUUUCCGCAGGCAAGUUCCUGAUUUUUACGGGGGCAACUAUGAAAUCGAAGUUCAACAGCAAUCCCAACAGCAGCAACAUUCAUGGCUUGUUAAGAAACCAGCGAACGUAGCGUUGGAUGACAACUUUUUAUCAGUGUCCAACAGCGAUAUUUCAGUGGUAUCGGACUAUGGCAGUGGAGGCAGCGAGUUCGACGUCCCGUUCCGGCGCAGCGGCAGGUCAACCCUGUACGCCACGUUCCGAAGGGGGAAGAAGAAGCUCUUCAAGCCCGAUAAGCCUGUCGUAGGUAGCUUGAGUGCCACUGUAAUCAGUGACUCGAGACGCUCGUCGACAUCGACAGUGCUCUCGAGUGGGACCGGCAGUCUACCUGAAUCGCCCCCGGAGUCGGAAAGCGGUAGUCAAAUUUACGUAACAAUCAGCCGGUGCACUUCGAAAAGAAGAGAGGCCUUGCCUCCAUGGUUGUCGGAUACGUCCACCAGUUUGCCUACAACCCCCUCGCUCGAGUUGGCUCCGAUAUUCAAAGAGCCGCCCCCCUUUGUGCAACCACCAGCCAGCCGAGUCGGCAGUCUCGAAGAUCUCCACCAAACCUCCGACGAUACGAGCUCGGUGAAAAGCUUUGCUAGCUCGACAUCGGCAUCGACCUAUUCGAAUCCCAAGGAAAUCACCUACUUACGGCCAGCGAUGCUUGGUUCAGGUCCACUGCAACCGUCGCCAGCCAACCACCAUUCAAUGCCCUGGCAGAAUAACAAUAGCGUCGUGUACAAAAGUGCCGAAGAGCUCUGCAGCACAAUGUGCUCGUGUAGAGAUCGAUGCUGCCCUGCCAUAGCUGGCUAUCGGGUGCGCGCAUGCAAAACCAUGGAGCCACUGUGGGAAAGCGAAGAUGGCCAGGUUCAGCUUCGAAACAACGAAAAACACAAGUGGUAUGACGCUCGAAAGGUGAAACACAAAAGUUGCCCUGCUUUCCAGGGUCCAUCUAUUCGUCGGUCAUUGGAAGUGCCGGUGACGCCAUCAUGACGCUAGUGCGCCGCGAUAAACGGCUUUGAACACAACAAAUACAUAAUCUUGGAGACCAUAGGGCAAAGGCGGCAACAGCAACAAAAAUAUUAUAAAGGGAAAAACAGAGGAAAAGAGCGACCGGAUGAAAGGGGACGCGUCAGAUGAAGCAGCCGUCCUGUCCGAUCGCGCAUGAUCAAUGGAAACCUCAG